AAUAAACUAAUCCUCUCCGGCUUGCAGAGCACCGUCAAGGAAUUUUAAAAACAUUCAACUUCCCGGCAGCGACAUACUUUCUGGGAUUCAAAAGGCCACAGAGCCAAAGAUACACAAUCCUCCCUUUUUUGUCCCUUGACCGAAGGUUUCAAGUCUAAGCUGCGAACUUCAAACCACCCAAAACAGACGCAGACUACGGGAAGGAGAAGAAAUGACUACACAUCCAAUUCUUUGGAUAGUAUCUUUGGCUUUGAUAUUUGGCCCACAUACUGCUGGAACACAACCUGGUGGAGAAAUGAAGGAGGACAACAGCUAUGACUCCCGCCACAGCUAUUUGAGGGAUGUUUUACAUAUCAUUUCGGCUAACAACUACACUCAACACCACCAGAACCAAUCAAGGGAAAUUAUCAGGAUGUUGCUGGAGAAAACUGUGUGUCCUCAAAGGAUUAAUGGGAUGCAAGAGGACUGUAAUCUGUGCCUUGAAUCAGAUGCUUUCAUAUUAAUUGCUGGAGGAGAUUUGGAAGGCCAUCUUAGUGAAGAAGUAUUCCAGAAAAUUUCCCUCAUUCUUUUGUAUUAUAUCACGCAUCCAAAAGACAUCUGUUCGUCAACAUUCAGUUUGAGGGACAAGGAUUAUAAUUUUUUCCUGAACAGUAUGCUCAAUUUAAGACACAAUGAAGACUGCUAUCAUUUCUCUUGGAAUGAAACAGAAGACGUUCUGGAAGCAAUAAGGAAACAUUUUAAAAUAUCUGAACACCAGUGUGUUCUGGAGAAAGAAACUGGUAUACUUCACAGCAAUGGUGCUGAUAAAAAUACAGUUCCUCAGCUGGCAGCAGCCAUCCUUACAUUGGCUCUGCAAGGAGUCUGCCUGAGCAAAGCACAUUUGCCCUCACCAGAAUUCUUUAUGAAAUAUAUUUUCAGUUCUCUGAACAGUACCAAUGAGCUCCAUGUAAGAGCUAUAGACCAACUCCUGAGCAUGUUGUGGGCUGGAAAGAAUUGCAACACAAAUACUGAAGCUCGCCGUGGCGUAACAGUAAGAGAUGCUGGAUAUUUCACAAUGAGGCCAAAGAAUGGGAACACAAUAAGCAGUUAUAAUGAAGAUACUGAAGAUACUGUUGAGUGGGAGCAGACUUGUUUCUCUGCAAAUGAACUUGUGAAGAUAUUUGUACAUGACAACCGUCUAUUAAUUUCUAAGGAACAUUUCAAGCAAAUGAGCCCAGCAAUCAUUCAACAAUUAUUAAGUUGUUCUUGCAAGCUUAUGGAGUCCAAACAAACGAAAGCUCCACCAACACCUUUGGAAAAAUAUGGCUAUAGCACUCUUGCGGUUUUACUUAUUACACUUGGAUCUAUGUUUGGCACAGCUCUCAUUCUAUUCAAUUCCUGUCAAGAAUGCUACACCCUAAUUUUACAGCUGUUUGUAGGGUUAGCUGUAGGAACCCUCUCCGGAGAUGCCCUGCUGCACCUUAUCCCACAGGUUCUUGGUUUACAUACCCAUGAUGUUCAAGAGACUGAAGAUGUAUAUGAAGGUAAAGCACACAUUUGGAAGAUGUUGGCUUUGAUUGGAGGAAUUCAUGGUUUUUUUCUGAUUGAAAAGGGGUUUGUUCUCUUGGUAUCACCACAUGGACACCACAGUCCUGAGGAUUCUAUUUCUCCUGAAAUGUCUGCAGACAAGAAGGGAGUCAACAAGCAACGCCAAGUGAUCAGUUUGUUAGCCAUUAUGAUUCUGGUGGGCGACAGUCUUCACAAUUUUGCUGAUGGCUUGGUAAUAGGUGCAGCAUUUUCAUCGUCAACAGAAAUGGGCACGACCACAACCAUUGCUAUAUUAUGCCAUGAAAUUCCCCAUGAAAUGGGAGAUUUUGCAGUGCUGUUAAGUACAGGGCUUUCUUCAAAGAUUGCCAUUUUAAUGAACUUCAUAAGUGCCUUAACUGCUUUCAUAGGACUUUACAUUGGCCUUUCAAUAUCGACAGAUCCUCGCAUUCAAAACUGGAUAUUUACUGUCACUGCUGGAAUGUUUUUGUAUUUAUCAUUAGCGGAAAUGCUUCCUGAAAUGACUCACAUUCAGACACAGCGACCCUGGUUGAUGUUUCUCCUCCAGAACCUUGGAUUACUAUUAGGGUGGCUGUGCCUCUUACUUUUAGCUAUAUAUGAACAGAAGAUUAAAAUAUAAACUUUCCACCUACAAAGACUACCCUCUUGUCCG